AAAUAUUUUAGAAUUAUUGUGAUAUAAGAGUAUUAGUUGAACCUUUAUUUGUGUGAAUUAUCAAGAAUUUUAUUAAAUAGUUAUCUUUUUAAAAAUCAACUUAAGAGGCGUAGCACUUGCUAGCUUCUAGGAUUUUGAUUUAAUUCAACAUACAAAUUCUAUUUUUACCCUAUAGCAAGUGGUUGUUUUAAAAAUAGCUUAUUGGAGAGUAAAUUUAAAUGCGGUGUAUAUAUUUAUAACCUGUUUCUCCCGUCACGUGUGAAGUAAAAUUAAUCAUCUACGUCAAAUUGAACUGAAUUACUGCCCGUAAAAAGUUAUUUCCAAUUAAAGUAAAAUAUUUAGAAUAAAUGUAAUCAAUCUCUUGCCGGUAUUUUUAUCCUUUUCUGAUUUCUAUGAAACGUCAUCCAUUCUUAUUCAAAAUUAAACGUAGAAGUGUGUCAGAUUGAUGAUUCAGGGGGGGAGGGUAAAAAUCGAUGCAAUACAAAGCCUUAUAUGGUAAUGUUGCUCGCUAUUGGUUCAACUUAGCGCUGAUACUGCGCUCAAACAGUUUUUAACAGGGAGGGGCAAAUAAUCAUAUAUAUGGUUGAAAUCUCUGAAGAUUCAGACAUUCCAGUCUUGUGAUAUUUUAGUGCAGUACAGCUAUUACGUCUGCUGUGCUUUUCUUAAACUAAUUUAUAAUUUUAUACUAGAAACCAAAUACUAACUAAUCAUCAUGUGUGAAGAAGAAGUUGCUGCUUUAGUUGUAGACAAUGGAUCCGGUAUGUGCAAAGCCGGUUUUGCUGGAGAUGAUGCACCCCGAGCUGUAUUUCCUUCAAUUGUUGGACGUCCCAGACAUCAGGGAGUCAUGGUAGGCAUGGGGCAAAAAGAUUCUUAUGUUGGAGAUGAAGCCCAAAGUAAAAGAGGUAUCCUGACAUUAAAAUACCCUAUUGAGCAUGGAAUAGUCACGAACUGGGAUGAUAUGGAAAAAAUCUGGCAUCACACUUUCUACAAUGAACUUAGAGUUGCUCCUGAAGAACAUCCUGUUCUUUUGACAGAAGCUCCACUCAACCCUAAAGCUAACAGAGAAAAGAUGACCCAAAUCAUGUUUGAAACAUUCAACACCCCAGCAAUGUAUGUUGCUAUCCAAGCUGUGCUUUCACUGUACGCUUCUGGGCGUACUACUGGUAUAGUAUUGGAUUCUGGAGAUGGUGUAUCCCACACAGUCCCAAUCUAUGAAGGUUACGCCCUUCCUCACGCUAUCCUCCGUUUGGAUUUGGCUGGUAGAGACUUGACUGAUUACCUAAUGAAAAUCUUGACUGAACGUGGAUAUUCAUUCACCACAACUGCCGAAAGAGAAAUUGUUCGUGACAUCAAAGAAAAACUUUGCUAUGUAGCUUUAGACUUUGAACAAGAAAUGGCUACUGCUGCUAGCUCCAGCUCGUUAGAAAAGAGUUAUGAACUUCCUGAUGGUCAAGUAAUUACCAUUGGUAAUGAAAGAUUCCGUUGCCCAGAAGCUCUUUUCCAACCAUCAUUUUUGGGUAUGGAAGCCUGUGGUAUUCACGAAACAACUUACAACUCUAUCAUGAAGUGUGAUGUAGAUAUCCGUAAGGACUUGUAUGCUAAUACUGUACUCUCUGGAGGUACUACAAUGUAUCCUGGUAUUGCCGAUAGAAUGCAAAAAGAAAUCACUGCCUUGGCCCCAAGCACAAUGAAGAUCAAGAUCAUCGCACCCCCAGAAAGAAAAUAUUCCGUAUGGAUUGGUGGUUCCAUCUUGGCAUCAUUAUCCACCUUCCAACAGAUGUGGAUUUCCAAACAAGAAUAUGAUGAAUCUGGACCAUCCAUUGUCCACAGGAAGUGCUUCUAAUUUGUUUUUGCCUGCAUUUAUAUUCUAUAUUUCUGUUUACAAUGCCCAUUUUUUGGGGCGCGAACUGCCGUGUUUAUAAUAUGGGAUAUCGAGUGACCAUUAAUAUGCACUCUAGGCCAAAGUAUUACUAUCUUAAUUUUUGUAAUUUAUUACAUGUGCAGAAUAAGACUAUUAUAUUAUUAGGCUAAUACUAUGGGAUAAUAAAAAAUUGUAAAACUUCA